AUGCAAUGGUACGAAACAAUAAAAGCACGAAUAAACUACAAUGAAUGGAGUACUUUCAAAGACCAGCUACAACAAUAUUUCGCAAACAAAUUCACCUUGCCAGAACAAGGAGCACAAACAUCAAUAAUAUCAGAAUCCACUACUCAAUUAAAUAAUGAUGAACAACUGCAAACAAUCUUAGAAAAAAUGACCAUAAAUGAAUGGUUGGAAAAACAAAUUGACAAAAUUCCAGUCUACCAUACAAAAAUGAAUGCAACGACCUGGCUACGGCAACUUAUAGAAAACUUUAGUAAACUGCAAUUAAACAACAGCCAAAAAUUAUUUUAUACAUCAGAAUUAUUGAGUCCGGAAGUUUACCUCUGGUUUGUGCAAAAGAAGUCUAAGUUACCAGAUUUUUCCACAUUUUGUGAAGAAUUUUUGCUACAAUACGAUACAACAUUAUCCAAAACAAGAAAUGAUUUGGGUACUUCUAUUUCAACGGAACGGGCACCGGUGGAGACAGUUACUUAUUUAAAGGGAUGUUCACCAGAGAUACGAAAAGCCUUUAUACAAGACAUUAUAAAGAAUCCAAAAGUGUUUCAUGGCGCGAAAGAAAAUGUUGUCACCUGGCUAGAACAGGUAGAACAGCAAUUUACAUUAGCGGAAUGGUCGAAUGAAACAAAAUUGAAAUAUGUUUCAAAUCAAUUGAAGGGAGAUGCAUUGGUGUGGUUUAACGAACUGAAAGAUAUGUUUACAUCAUGGUCCGAAUUCGUUGAAGUAAUUACGAAAGCCUACACAUCACCAUACAAGCAUGAUUUGGCUUUUACACGUUUAGAACACUACAAACAAAACACUAACCAAACUGUUCGGCAAUAUUAUGUUGAAAUUAUCAAACUAUGUAAAGAAGCAGAUCCAACGAUGUCCGAUACAACAAAAUUAAGACAUCUGUUCUCUGGAUUGGAUCCAACAUUACAUUACGAAGUAAGGAAGAAAAAUCCAACUACGCCGAAACAAUUUUUGGAAUUCGCUCAAUUUGAAGAAGCUCUUAAGAGUUUAAUCAGCACAACUGAUAACAAUAAAUUACCACUGACACAACCGCUACACAACCAAUCAUUUUACAAUUCAGUACAUGAAAAUGUACAAAAUAACAGCAAUCGAUUACCGUAUAAUCGACAAUACAGAAUGAAUUCUCAACUUCAGCAAGCGUCAGAGUAUUAUCCACCUUGUUCUAAUAAUCCGGAAAACAACAAUCUUAUUAAACCAAAUCAACAGCAAAAACGUUCAAACUGUUGUUAUGUAUGUGGUGCUUCCGACCAUUGGGCUCGGAACUGCACUCGUUUUCAAUAA